UGUCAUGUUGAUUUGAUUCUGCACGUACUGUAAUUUCGUGUUUUAUCCAGUAAAUUGGGGUGAAUUUAAUUUAUUCAAUAAAGAUAACAUAAAGCAGCGAUUUUCAAUUUAUGUGCACUAAUGUUUAUUGUGAACUGUGAACCUACGUGUAAAACUGGAUACAUAAUUAUUAAAUUUAAAAAAUUUAAGCUGUCGGUAAUAUUAUCUUGAAUCGAUAGAACUAUGACAUUAUUUAUUUUUCGCCGUGUAUAAAUUAUCACGAUGUCAACAAACUUAUGAACUAACAUAUAUACAAAGUAACAAUAAUGUCUCUGGAACGUGACAACUUGAGUGUGGGGCCCAGCCCCAGUGUGAGCUCCUCGGAUCCACGAUCCCAGCUCCUGCAAGAAAUGAGAGAGCAGAACUUUGAUUUGAUCAGAUUUGCUUCAUACAGAACGGCAUGCAAGCUGCGAUAUGUCCAAAAAAAGUGUAAUUUGCAUGUCAUAGACAUAUGGAAUGUGAUAGAGGCAUUCAGAGAGAAUGCUCUUAACACGUUAGAACCAAACGCCUGUGUGAAUGUUACACGUCUGGAGACACUUGUGUCUUCCUUGUACCACAAUCUGAAUAAGAGACUGCCACCGGCACAUCAAGUGUCAGUUGAGGCCUGUUCAGCUCUGUUGCUAAAUUGGUUACUUUCAGCAUAUAGUACUGGCGAUAAUGUGGGAAAAAUACGAGUAUUCUCAAUAAAAGUUGCGCUGGCGACGAUGUGCGCCGGAAAACUGAUGGACAAGCUGCGAUAUAUCUUUUCCCAGUUAUCAGACGGGAAUGGACACCUAAUGAUGAAGAGAUUAUCAGACUACUUGCGGGAGGUUUUAGCACUGCCAGCGGCGGUGUAUGAAUCGCCUUCAUUCAGUUAUAAUGAUUCGUUGUCUUUGUCGAUUUUCAACCAGAAUGGUAAAAUAACUGUGAAUGACUUCUUGGACACGCUCAUGUCAGAUCCCGGCCCGCCGUGCCUUGUGUGGCUACCAUUGUUACAUCGUCUCGCCAGUGUUGAGAAUGUGGUUCACCCCCUAGCCUGCAGCGCGUGCCGCCGCAGCUCCCUGACCGGGUUCCGGUACAGAUGCACUCGCUGCACCAACUACACUCUGUGCCAGGACUGCUUCUGGCGCGGAAGGGUGUCCGCCACUCACACCAACGAGCACGAGGUCAAGGAGUACGCGGCCUAUAAAUCUCCAUCGAAACAGAUCGGCGCGACUCUCCGCAAGUCGUUCCGUUGCGUUCCCGAGCGUGCGCGUCCGCAGCUACCGCGAUACCCCGACCAGCCGGAAAGGACGCUGAAUCUCAGCCAUAUUGUGCCGCCAUCCCCCGUGCCGGCACACAACGGCUUCCCGGAGUACCUGAGCGGGCCGGCCAACUACGUGAACACCGGCUCCUUGGACUCGCGCUGGACCAGGAGAGGCGCUGAUGACGAGCACAGACUGAUAGCCAGAUAUGCUGCUAGGCUGGCGCACGAGAACAGGACUAUGCCACGAGCCGGAAGAUCCGCUUCUUUGACUCCAGAACUGGGCCGCUCAUCUUCUGAAGGAUCUGAGGUGGACGCCGCGCGGCAACAACGCGAGUUGAUAUCCCAACUGGAGGCUAAGAACAGGGAGAUCAUGAGGGAGAUCGCGAGGCUCAGGCGUCAACAAGAAGCGGAAGCGGCCGGCUCCGGGACUUCCGGCAGCGGAUCCGCCCCCCCACUGGUUUCCGAACUGAGGGCGCUGAGACAGCGCAAGGACGAACUGGAGGGACACCUGUCUUCCCUCCAGGAGUCCAGGAAACAUCUGAUGCAGCAGUUGCAGGGGUUAAUGAGGAUGCUUAAGACGCAGCAGUCGUCCCCCAGGUCGACUCCAAAUUCAUCGCCGAGGUCCACAAAAAGUCCACCUUUGCCAGGGGCUCAGCCGCAACCAUCUGCGCCAGAAAGGGAACCGCCAGGGCGAGGCGCGGUUCGUAGCGCACCGCAAACUCCUUCGCUGGGAGAGAGAGAAAGAAUUGACAUGACCCAUAGUCUCGGCGGAAUGGAAAGCAUGGGUGAUAGGAGUUUUCAUCAGCGUCCGACGAACAUGGGCAUAGACAACCGCAGUCUCCGUAGCGAUCUCCUCUACGCGGCCGAUUCUGUUACGAACGCCAUGUCCACGCUCGUCAGGGAACUUAAUUCUGAGGGGUCCGAUACUGAGGACACUAUCAAAGGCGAAUCCAGGAAGCAAAGAGAUUUUGAAGAGGACGAAGACAGCGACGAGCCAAUGCCACGGCCGCAGCCUCCGCGUCACUAUUUACACGAUAACAAUGUUCAGAACAUGGCACCUAGUGUUAAAACGCAAUCGUAAAUUAGCUUGAGUUUUGCUUAAGGACACACCGCCGCCGCUGCCGGCCCGCACGGGCAUCUGCUACCCCCGCACCUAGCCGCACUAUAAGUUACAUUAAAUAUAUUGAUACGUAUAUUAUUAUACACACCAAUUUAUUACCCGUUGAUGUGCGUUUAAUCUGGUACAUGCAAUUCUAAUUAUAUAUGUAUGAAAAAUUAAAAUUAUGUAAAGACAAAUUUUACUACAGUUUAUAUAUCUUAUAUUUGGGGGCGCGGCAGUGCCCACGCCAAGUCGAGCGCGAAACAACACGGUCAUGGGUACCAAUCAUUUCUAGAACCAUUUCGUAACCAAUGUUAUGUCACUUGGCUGUUGAACAUUAUCACAUGAUAGUGGGUACAGUUUGUGUGUAAAGGCCAAGUCACAUGUCAUUAUAAUUAUAUGAAAUUGCAAUAAAAACCGACGACUGAGCUCAACUUUGUCUAGAGAUUUCAUUAUUUUUAAAGUUAAACAAGUAGCUUCAUCAAGAUAUGUUUUUUUUUUGCAGAAGAUUCGUUAAUUCGUAAUAAUAAUUAAGGAAACUAAUUGUACCUACUGUCUUCUUAACGUUAUAAAAAUUAUAAAAAUGAUAAUGAGAUAUUCAAUUAAAAUCGUAUGUACCAGACUUAACGAUUAAAGGAUAUUUACAAGCACGAUAUCGCCCUUCAGCGAUGUGUACUCGACUUAGAAAUAUCAAGUAUUUUUGAGAAUAGACUAUCUUACUCUAUAGUGGAUAUUUAUAUACUAAACCAACAACAGUUUAUACUGAAAUUAAAUAUGAAAUCUUGUAUGUUUAAAAUGCAAUCUCUCUGUAGGUUUGUUUGUUUUUUGUUUAAACAAUACCUAAAUUUUUAUAAUUCUUUGUUAAUUGGAGAAUUUGGCAAAGAUUAAGUUAAUUUAUAUCAUAAAUCCUUUCAAGUUUUCCCUCAAAUCGGAUUUUUGUAUUGCAUGCAAAUAUAUGAUCCCAUAUUUUUUCAAAUAAUGAAUGAUCUCCGAGAAAUUAUCUUUUGUCCUGUAAUUUGUUGAAUGACGGGGUCGGAUAAGUAACGGCCAAUUAUGUAAAUAUAUUUUCGGAGAUUUUUCUUUUAUAUUUCGCUUAAUGUGUCUAGUCCCCAAGCUUUUUGAUAAUCACAUAAAUUGAUGUUAAAAAAUUUGUACGCAGGCAGUGUCAACGCCAAGUCAUGCGUGUUUAAAUUUAUGUCUUGUCAUUUAAAUUAUGAUAGGUGUUUGCGUACUUACUUAUUGUAAUUAUUAAGUGGUUGAGUUAUUUUAUUGUAAUUUGUUAUUGAAAAAAAAAGCUAUAUGUACUUCAACAUUUCAAAAAUGUCUUAUAUUUGUAUUGGUCGUGUUUGUAUACAAUGUCUAUUCUUCAUACAUAUUAUUCCUUUUCUGUCUUCCAUUUGUCAAUUCCUUCCAUUGUGUACAAAAAUGUCAAUUGAUACUUCCGUAAAGCGAUAUUUCUGAAGUGAUAAAAACAUGCACAUUCACGACUUUUAUCUUUUUAAUUUUGCUAUAAUUAUUUAAUUAUUAGGCCAGUAUUUGAAAACGAUUAUCAAAGGUCAUUCACUCUUACCGACCGUCUUAAUUUUUUUUUUGUUUUUCACUGAGUCUGUAUUAGUUAUGGCUAUGUAAGUUAUUUGGUGAAGCAUUUUAAUCUUAUCUGACACAAUAUUUUGAUCAUACCUUGGCUUUUUUUUUACACGUAUCAUAUCAUAAUGUCUAAAGCGCGGUAACGUUAAAGAUCAUAGUUAACCCUUUAUUUUUAAAAGAUUUUAUCAUUCGAUUUGCUCACCAAAAUUAUGAAGACUGAAUGAAUUUCUUAUUUUUUAAGAAUAACCACCGAAAUGUGGAAAUACCAAAUUGUUGAAACCAAAAUAUGUAGUAAAUAAUUUUUCGCCUUUUUUUUACUAUGAACGAAAGUUCUCAUUCAAAAUCUUUUCUCUCUUAGUAGGGAGGUAUAAUUUCGUCCUUUGGUAUCUAAAAUAAAUGUUUCAAUAUGUAUUGAUUUGCAUUUAUAAUUUUGAUAAAAUAAUAUGACAAUUAAUAAAAAUACAAGAAUUUUCCAAAGUUUA